AUGGAAGCCUCUCUCAUACGUAUCUCUGGUUUCUUUUCUUCGACCGCUACCGCCAAUACCACCACCACAACCUAUCCAACUGCGAUCCACUCUUAUUUCAAAACCUCAAAAACCCGACCCCAUAAAUCAAACUCAAACGUAAUCCUAUGUUGCCAAAGUCCAAACUACAUCCCUAACCAUAUUCAAGACCCUAACCGUGUACGCAUCUUUGAUACCACUCUACGUGAUGGUGAACAAGCACCGGGUGCCUCUAUGUCCCCUAAGCAAAAGCUUGACAUAGCUCAUCAACUUGCAAAACUCGGUGUUGACAUCAUUGAAGUAGGGUUUCCUGCUUCCAACAAAGCUGAUCUAGAAACUGUUAAGUUGAUUGCAUGUGAGGUUGGAAAUGCAGAGGUUAAUCAAAAUGGUCGUAUACCAGUUAUUUGUGGUCUAGCAAGAUGCAAUAAGAAUGAUAUCGAUAAAGCAUGGGAAGCUGUGAAAUAUGCCAAAUUCCCAAGGAUACAUAUUUUUAUAGCAACAAGUGAGAUUCAUAUGAAGUAUAAGUUAAAGAUGUCGAAAGAAGAAGUGAUUGAAAAAGCGAGGACCAUGGUUGCAUACGCUCGAAGUUUGGGCUGUAAUGACGUUCAAUUUAGCCCGGAAGAUGCCGGAAGAUCUGAUAGAGAAUUUUUAUAUGAGGUCCUGGGUGAGGCUGUUAAAGCGGGUGCAACUACUCUUUGCAUUCCUGAUACUGUUGGCUAUAACUGGCCUCGUGAAUUUGGGCAGCUUAUUGCUGACAUAAAAACCAACACCCCUGGAAUUCAGAAUGUCAUCAUUUCUACCCACUGCCAUAAUGAUCUUGGACUUGCUACUGCCAAUACUUUAGAGGGAGCUUAUUCGGGUGCAAGACAAUUAGAAGUAACAAUAAAUGGAAUCGGAGAGAGAGCUGGAAAUGCUUCUUUUGAAGAGGUGGUAAUGACUAUAAAAAGCAAAGGAGAAUUAUUGGGUGGUCUUUACACUGACAUCAAAACAGAACAUAUUGUCAUGGCUAGCAAGAUGGUGGAAGAGUACAGUGGACUAAUGGUGCAACCACAUAAGGCUAUUGUUGGUGCUAAUGCUUUUGCUCAUGAAAGUGGAAUCCAUCAGGAUGGGGUUUUAAAGAACAAAAGCACAUAUGAAAUCAUGUCUCCAGAAGAUAUAGGACUUCACCGAUCUAAUGAGUCUGGACUUACACUUGGAAAACUUAGUGGUCGCCAUGCUCUAAAAGCUAAACUUUUUGAGCUUGGUUAUAACUUUGAGGGAAGUGAACUUAAUGAUCUUUUUUGGCGCUUUAAAUCCGUAGCUGAAAUGAAAAAGGUUAUCACUGAUGACGACCUAAUAACAUUGGUAUCAAAAUGA